UCUCGGAAAAUAUCUUGUUUUUCUUUCUUUCCAGAUUCAUAUAUUCAUCCUUUCUCGGAAAAGUUGUGUUUGUUUCUACUUUUUCUAUAUUUUCCGAUCAAUGAUUUCCCUACCAGCCGAUCUGGAACGGCGACCACCUUUCUUAGUCGCUCACUAUAAUUUAUCUUGCAAAUAUACAUAUCGUUACUGAUCUGUCAUUCUUUUCUUUAGAAAAUAAGAAAAAGCUAGGGUUGGAGGGCCGGGAUGGGGAGGGGGAAGAUUGUGAUAAGGAGGAUCGACAAUUCGACGAGCAGGCAAGUGACUUUCUCGAAGCGGAGGAACGGUUUGCUGAAGAAGGCGAAGGAGCUGGCGAUACUUUGCGACGCCGAGGUCGGAGUCGUGAUUUUCUCCAGCACUGGCAAGCUUCAUGAUUUCGCCAGCACCAGCAUGAAAUCAGUAAUUGAACGGUACCAUAAAUCAAAAGAGGAUCAUCACCAACUUGGGAACCCAACCUCAGAAGUCAAGUUUUGGCAAAGGGAGGCAGCAAUGUUAAGGCAACAAUUGCAAAACUUGCAAGAAAAUCAUCGGCAAAUGAUGGGUGAAGAACUUUCUGGUUUGAAUGUCAAAGAAUUGCAGAAUUUGGAGAACCAAUUGGAAAUAAGUCUACGGGGUGUUCGUAUGAAAAAGGACCAAAUUUUAAUGGACGAAAUAGAAGAAUUAACCAGAAAGGGAAACCAAAUUCACCAGGAAAAUGUCGAACUGUAUAAGAAGGUAAACCUAAUUCGUCAAGAAAACAUGGACUUAUAUAAGAAGGUUUAUGGACCAAGGGAUGUGAAUGGAGCAAACCGAACUUCCCUUCUCUUAGAUGGUCUUGGCAUUGGAGAGGACUCGCAUGCACCUGUCCAUCUCCAGCUUAGCCAGCCACAGCAUCAAAACUAUGAGACACCAACAAGAGCCACAAAAUUGGGGUAUAUUAUUCUCCGGAACUAAAUAUUUCAAUCAUAAAUGCAAAUUUACUUUCCUAAAGCAUGAUCCCAAACUGGUUUCCUUGAUGACUGCAGCAGACUUCAACUGCAUUAGCCAAGAAGAUACAACAGGGGAUGGAUAAUACUCCGUAUCUAUCAAUAAAAUGGCCUAUGGUUAUAGAUCUAUGCUUGUAUCAGUGAGGUAUGCUAUAAGAGCAAUAGACAAUUCAGCAAAAAGAUACUUGUUUGAAAUGAUCAAUGAAACCAAAUUCAGCAUGAGUGAUGGCAAUGAGCAAUGAGCGAUGAAACCAGAUACUUAUGUAGCUUUAUAAGAUUAACUGUACUAAGACUAAUUGAAAUGGAUUGCAUGUGAACUGUCUUUUAGCAGACUGACAAAAA